AUGUCUAGUUUUGUGGGUGUUCUUGUUUCUGAUCAGUGGCUUCAAAGCCAGUUCACGCAGGUUGAACUCCGGAGCCUCAAAUCCAAAUUUAAUUCAUUGAGGAAUCAGAAUGGUAAAGUUACUGUUGGUGAUUUGCCACCUUUAAUGGCGAAACUAAAGGCUUUCAGUGAGAUGUUCAACGAGGACGAGAUUAGAAGGAUAUUGGACGAGUCAGAUUCUGAUAAGAGUACUGAGAUUGAUUUUGAAGGCUUCCUCAGGACAUAUCUGAAUUUGCAAGCUCGAGAUACGACCAAAUUGGGUAGUUCAAAAAACUCCUCGUCGUUCCUCAAGGCCACCACAACCACCCUUCUUCACACUAUAAUUGAAUCAGAGAAAGAAUCUUAUGUUGCUCACAUCAACAGCUAUCUUAGGGAUGAUCCAUUUUUGAAGCAGUUUCUCCCUAUGGAUCCAGCUACAAAUGCUCUAUUUGAUAUUGCAAAAGAUGGAGUUCUUCUCUGUAAGCUUAUCAAUGUUGCUGUGCCGGGUACAAUAGAUGAAAGAGCUAUCAACACGAAACGAGUACUCAACCCAUGGGAAAGAAAUGAGAAUCAUACACUUUGCCUCAACUCUGCUAAGGCUAUAGGUUGCACUGUAGUUAAUAUUGGCACCCAAGACCUGGUUGAAGGAAGACCUCAUCUGGUACUUGGGUUGAUUUCUCAAAUUAUAAAGAUCCAACUAUUGGCAGAUCUCAACCUUAGGAAGACACCUCAGCUUGUGGAAUUGGUGGAGGAGAGCAAUGAUGUUGAGGAGCUUAUUGGAUUAGCCCCUGAAAAGGUCUUAUUAAAAUGGAUGAAUUUCCAUCUCAAGAAAGCAGGCUACAAGAAACCUGUGACAAAUUUCUCCUCUGACUUGAAGGAUGGAGAAGCCUACGCUUACUUGCUAAACGUCCUUGCACCAGAGCACUGUAGUCCAGCGACGUUAGAUGCUAAGGAUCCUGCUGAGAGAGCUAAUUUGGUACUUGAGCAUGCAGAAAGAAUGGACUGCAAAAGAUACUUAACCCCAAAAGAUAUUGUUGAAGGUUCACCCAACUUGAAUCUUGCAUUUGUUGCACAAAUAUUUCAUCAAAGGAAUGGCUUGUCAACAGAUAGCAAGAAGAUAUCCUUUGCAGAAAUGAUGACAGAUGAUGAGCAAAUAUCUAGAGAGGAGAGAUGCUUUCGGCUAUGGAUCAACAGUCUUGGAAUUGCUUCUUAUGUUAAUAACUUGUUUGAGGAUGUUAGAAAUGGAUGGACACUUCUAGAGGUGCUAGACAAGGUUUCUCCGGGAUCAGUUAACUGGAAGCACGCAACAAAACCUCCUAUUAAAAUGCCAUUUAGAAAAGUAGAGAAUUGCAACCAAGUUGUUAGGAUCGGGAAGCAGUUAAAAUUAUCACUAGUGAAUGUGGCUGGAAAUGAUAUUGUGCAAGGGAAUAAGAAGCUUUUACUAGGUAAUGAGACUAGGAUUUUCAAAACAAUGAAGCAUAUUCUUAUGGAAAUUGAUAAAUGGCUUGCUUCUUGGUCUGGAUCUCUGACUGGCCAGUUAAGGUUGGGGUUUUAG